AUGGAGAAGAACAUCUGCACUGGGGAGGAGAAGCUGGAGACUCUCCCUGUAACUCUUUUUGAAACAAGCAUGACUGCCCACAGUUAUUGUGUCUACAAUGCUGUCUAUGCUGUCGCCCAUGCUUUGCAUGCCCUAUACUCAUCCUUACACAAGCAAGGAUCAGUGCUGACAUGGAAACUUCUUGCACAAAAAUCAUGGAAGAUGACACCUUUCUCCCUGUGUAAUGAUUACUGCCCUUCAGGUUACAGAAAGACCAAAUUAGAAGGAAAACCAUUUUGCUGCUAUGAUUGCAUUCCAUGUCCUCAGGGAAAAAUCUCAAAUCAGACAGACAUGGAUGAUUGCUUUCAGUGCCCAGAUGAUCACUAUCCAAAUAAAGACCAUGAUUCAUGCAUUCCAAAAUAUAUUAGCUACCUCUCUUAUGAAGAAAAAUUGGGCACCAGCUUAACUACAGUAGCUCUUGUGCUUUCCUUCCUCACAAUUUCUGUGCUAGGAAUCUUUGGGAAGUACCAUGACACUCCCAUUAUCAAGGCCAACAAUCGCAGCCUUUCCUACACACUUGUUAUCUCCCUCCUCCUUUCCUUCCUCUCUAGUUUACUUUUUGUUGGGUGUCCAGUGAAAGUGACAUGUCUCCUUCGCCAGACUACUAGUGGAGUCACCUUCUCAGUAUCUAUUUCUUGUAUCUUAGCCAAAACCAUGACUGUGAUUCUUGCUUUCAUGGCCACCAAGCCAGGAUCAAAGAUAAGGACAUGGGUUGGAAAAAGACUAGCCCUUUCCAUUGUGCUCUCCUGCUUCCUUAUUCAAACUCUUCUUUGUAUUGUGUGGCUGGGAAUCUCACCCCCUUUCCUAGACUUUGAUAUGCACUCCUCCAUGACUGAAAUCAUUGUGGAAUGCAAAGAAGGGUCAGUUGUCAUGUUUUAUUGUGUCUUGUCUUUUAUGGGUUCCCUGGCUAUUGUCAGUUUUUUUGUAGCUUUCUUGGCCAGGAAGUUACCAGACACCUUCCAGGAAACUAAAUCUAUCACUUUCAGCAUGUUGGUGUUUUGCAGUGUGUGGUUGUCCUUUGUCCCUGCCUACAUGAGCACCAAAGGGAAAUACGUGGUGGCUGUGGAGAUCUUCUCCAUCUUGGCCUCCAGUGGUGGGCUCCUGGCUUGUGUCUUUUUCCCCAUAUGCUACAUCAUCAUGAUGAGGCCUGAUUUGAACAAAAAGGAGAAUUUAAUAAAAAGAGUGGAUUAA